AUGAUGAAAAAACUGCAAGGCAAAGCCUAUCUUCAGUGGCCUGGAAAUAACAGAAUUAUUUUAAAUGGAAGAAUUCUCCUUGGGUAAGCUAUAAUCAGUUCAAAUCUCAAAAGAUCAGUUUUUACAUUUCUCAUGCUAACCAUUCCAGAAAUAUUUUUCAUUUCUUAUCCUGGACUACAUUACUUAUCACUCGGCAAGCCUUUUAUUUUAAUAAUCUCCCUUAUUCUUUCCCUGCUCUCCCUUAUUUUUUUUAUUUUCACAGCAAUCACUACACCUGGCUAUCUUCCAAAACAAAUUCCUCCAUUUGCCACAGGUCCAAAAAAUGCUCCACUGCUAUCAAGGGUCAUUCAAAUUGAGUCUAUAAACAUCAGAAAAAAUAUUCGGCUAAAAAAUUUGGUGAUUCCUCAUAAAGGUGUCCUUAUGGAAUUGAAAUAUUGCCCAAUUUGUGAGUCUUAUUAUAGGCUAUAUUUUGAGGCCUCCAAGGGCAGCACACUGUGAAGAAUGCGGACAUUGUGUAGAAGACUUCGACCAUCAUUGCCCAUGAGUUAGUAAUUGUAUUGGGAAAAGGAAUUAUAAAUUUUUCUAUAUAUUUUUAAGCAGCUUGUUUGGGUAUAUUGUUUUUAUAGAAUGAAUUUCUAUUGAGUAUGUAUGUAAAACCUGGUUUGAAAAUGAUGCAUCUGUUAUAAUGCUCUGCGUAAUAUUUAUAGGGCUAGGAGCGUCAUGGUUUGUUAUUGGAUUAUGGGUUAUUCAUAGCUAUUUAAUAGCACAUAAUUUGACGACAAGGGAAAAAGUUAAACAAAUUUGGGAAAAAUUGAGAAUAAAUCCUUUUGAUAAGGGAUUGCGAAAUAUAGCAAGGAUUUUUGAAAGAAGUGUACAGGAAAGGUUUGAUUUAAGAGAUGAUGGAAGUCUGGAAUUAAAUAGAUUUACAAAUUGUCACAAAGAUAAAGCAGUUAAAACUGUUAUUUCAAAACAAAGAUACAGCAUAUAUCCAGAAAACAAGCUUGAAGAGCAUAUUGAGCUGAUGAAGGAGUUUCCAGCAUCACUAAUCACCACAACAAGAAGUGGGCCGGCUACCUCAAGAGAUGAGUAA